AUGUCACCACAGCCAGGCCUAACGCCAGGUUCCACCACAAACAACGGCAAAGAUGCCCGGCUCCAGCAUGGCACCUACGACCAGAUCGAAAUCGCAUCCAAUCCUCAAAUCCUCACCGAAGCCGACUGUUACCUCGACCUUGGCUACUCAUUUCCCAACCUCAAGAAAUGGACAAUUAUUAUCGUCAUCUUCCUCGUCCAAACAUCCAUGAACUUCAACACUAGUCUUUACUCCAACGCUGUGUCCGGUAUCUCAGAAGAGUUCAAUGUGAGCAAACAAGCAGCACGAUGUGGAGCUAUGAUAUUUCUCAUACUCUAUGCCUUCGGGUGCGAGCUCUGGGCUCCCUGGAGUGAGGAGUUGGGUCGGAAGCCCAUCCUGCAGUUGAGUUUAUUUCUCGUAAAUAUCUGGCAGAUUCCUGUUGGGAUUGCCCCGAACUUCGCGACAAUUAUGGUUGGGAGAGCUUUGGGUGGUAUAUCUACAGCUGGAGGGUCGGUGACACUGGGGAUGAUAGCGGACCUCUGGGAGGCGGAUGACCAGCAGUAUGCAGUGGCAUGUGUGGUCUUUUCCUCCGUGGGCGGCUCGGUGCUCGGGCCUGUUGUCGGGGGAUUUGUGGAGGCUUACCUCCCAUGGAGGUGGAAUAUCUGGAUUCAACUCAUUUUCGGUGGCUUUGUUCAGCUAGCACACCUAAUCCUUGUGCCAGAGACCAGGACAUCGAUACUGAUCGACCGGGUUGCAAGGCAACGACGUGCAAAGGGUGAGAACGUAUAUGGUCCUGGCGAGGCUAUAUCUUUCAAAGACCGGUUCUCUACACAGGAAAUCCUCACCACCUGGAUCAGACCUUUUCGUAUGUUUCUCACUGAGCCGAUCGUGGCAGCCUUGUCCUUGCUCAGCGGUUUCACCGAUGCUCUGAUCUUCAUCUUCAUCCAAUCCUUCGCCCUCGUAUACGAGCAAUGGAACUUUAGCACCGUGGCCGUCGGUCUAUCUUUCAUUCCUAUCAUAGUCGGAUACAUAGUCACCUGGAUAAUCUUUAUACCCGUCAUCCGACGCAACACCCGCGAACGCCAAACAAAGCCGGACGAUGAACGAGCACAGUACGAAUCACGCCUCUGGAUUCUCCUUUAUGCGGCCCCCUGCCUUCCCAUCGGACUAAUUGGAUUUGCGUGGACUUCUCUCCCACAAACACACUGGAUUGGAACCAUGUUUUUCUCAGCGCUAGUUGGUAUCGCGAACUUCAGCAUAUUCAUGGCUACGAUUGACUAUAUGAUUUGUGCUUAUGGUCCUUAUUCUGCGUCUGCUACGGGAGGGAAUGGCUUUGCAAGGGACUUUUUGGCGGGUGUGUUGACGGUUCCUGCGACGCCAUUUUAUCAAAAUAUCGGUGGUAAAUACCACUUGGAAUAUGCGUCCACUAUUCUAUUCUGCAUCUCAGUGCUGCUCGUCGCUACGGUAUAUGUGAUCUACUUCUACGGGCCAAUCCUCCGAAAACGGUCACUGUUCGCACAGCAACUGAUGGACAGGAGGGCGGAAAUGCAGACUCAGAUUCGAUCUGCGGCUGCGUCGCGGGCCAAUUCUCGUCGGAACUCGGCGGUUUGA